UAUCAGUAGUACUACUAAACUUCCUCUGCUCAUAAACAAGAAAAAUACAGAAAAUGGCUUUGCAAAAGUUUCCUCUCUUGGGGCUGCUUUUGCUCAUAGUUAUCGUCGGGUCUCCUGCAAAUGCCGACGGUCCUGUCUGUCCGCCAUCGAGCAAACUAAGCCGAGGAAGUUUCCCUCAAGGUUUUCUAUUUGGCACGGCUACUGCGGCUUAUCAGGUUGAAGGUGCAAUUAACGAAACUUGUCGUGGACCUGCCUUAUGGGAUAUCUACUGUAGGAGAUAUCCAGCAAGAUGUAAUAACGAUAACGGCGAUGUAGCAGUUGACUUCUUCCAUCGUUAUAAGGAAGAUAUUCAGCUCAUGAAGAGUCUCAACACAGACGCCUUCAGAAUGUCCAUCGCAUGGUCAAGAAUAUUUCCUCAUGGGAGAAAGGAGAAGGGAGUGAGCCAAGCUGGUGUGCAAUUCUACCAUGACCUCAUCGACGAGCUCAUCAAAAAUGGUAUCGUUCCAUUCGUGACUGUUUUCCACUGGGACACUCCACAAGAUCUAGAAGACGAAUAUGGCGGCUUUUUGAGCCAAAACAUUGUGAAAGAUUUCAGGGAAUACGCAGAGUUCGUUUUCCAAGAAUACGGUGGGAAAGUGAAGCAUUGGAUCACAUUCAACGAGCCAUGGGUCUUCUCUCACGCCGGGUAUGACGUAGGAAAGAAGGCACCAGGACGUUGUUCUCCUUACGUCAAUCCUUUAUGCCAAGACGGACGAUCAGGUUUUGAGGCUUAUCAAGUCAGUCACAACCUCUUACUCUCUCACGCUGAAGCCGUUGAAGUUUUACGAAAGUGUGAAAAGUGUAAAGGAUCUAAGGUAGGAAUCGCCCAUAGUCCGGCUUGGUUCGAGCCACAUGACUUUGAAGAUGCACAAGACGGUGCGUCUAUCGACCGUGCACUUGACUUUAUGCUCGGAUGGCAUUUGGACACAACUACCUUCGGAGAUUAUCCACAGAUUAUGAAAGACAUUGUUGGCCAUAGGUUGCCUAAAUUUACCACUGAGCAGAAGAAAAAAUUGAAGGAUUCUACCGAUUUCGUUGGACUCAACUACUAUACUUCAGCUUUUUCAAACCAUUUGGAGAAGCCUGAUUACACCAAACCAAGAUGGUUGCAAGAUUCUCUUGUUCAAUGGGAAACCAAGAAUGUACAAAACUACACCAUUGGUAGCAGGCCUUUCACCGCUGCACUAAACGUUUACUCUAGAGGAUUUAGAAGUCUUUUGAAGUACAUCAAAGAUAAAUACGCAAACCCGGAAAUUAUGAUCAUGGAAAAUGGAUAUGGAGAAGAACUUGGGGCCACAGACUCGGUUGCAGUUGGUACUGCUGAUCACAAUAGAAAAUAUUAUCUUCAGAGGCAUCUUUUGAGUAUGCAAGAGGCUAUUUGCAUCGACAAGGUGAACGUCACCGGAUACUUUGUAUGGUCGUUGUUGGAUAACUUCGAGUGGCAAGAUGGUUACAAAAACAGAUUCGGACUCUACUACAUUGAUUUCAAAAAUAACCUCACGCGUCAUGAGAAAGAAUCGGGCAAGUAUUACAGAGAAUUUCUCAGUCAAGGAGUUCGUCCCUCUGCGAUCAAGAAGGAUGAGCUUUGAGCUGUAUUUUGAGGAUUUGAUUCAUGCUUCAAUAUUUCUAUCUAUGUUUGAGUAUGUGAUCGACCAAUAUUCAUGAGGUCUUGGUCAGAAUAAAAGUGUUCCUUCUUCGUUUUA